UCGCUUUUCAACGCCCUGGUUCUGCGUGUUCUAGAUUGAUCUCACACGUACAUACCGCUGCCGCUGCGCUCGCAGCCAGUUGCUGUUGCAGCGAGGUCUUUCAACUGACGCUCGUAGUGGUUGCGAGUCGAGGAAGCCAUUCGCGAAAGCGUGUGGCAGAAGAUGUCGCUUAAAAAUAGCCGAGUUGAGGUUAGCUGUAGCUGCGGAAAGCGCUGUAGUAGCCUGGGUGAGCUCGCAGCCCAUAUCGAUUCACAGGUGUGGGAAGCCCAUUACCCUGCCUCCAAUACGAACCAAGAGCCGAUGACAACCCCCCAUCAAGCCGAUGGUACUCCGAAAGUCUGCCCUGUUGCAAAAGAGGCUUAUUUCGCUUUUCCAAAAUCAAAGAUUACCGCGAGUGACGAAGAGGAGCGCAAGCAUCGCCUGGAGCCGCUGGACAGCACGCCUGAGGAGAUUGAAGGGGAUGUUGGCAAUCCAACCUACCUCAAAGAUCGACGUCAGUCUGAGAACGCCGGAAGCCAGCAUGAAGGCAAAUCUCAAGAGGGAUAUGCCGCUCCCAGGCAGGAGGACGACCUGCAUAUGGAUUUAAAUAUUGGCCUGGGCCAUGACGAAGAACAACGCCCACAACCCGACGAUUUCCCGUACUCCACCAGUACUCCCAGAAGCAGAUUUACCUUCAGCAGCGGUGGCUACCGCAGCAGUCCAGGCGCUUUGCGGAAUUCUCUAAGCAAAGGCGGGGUUAGCCUUGGAACUCCCAGAAGUUAUAAGACAGCUUGCUCGAGCCUUGCAAGCUAUGCUACUGCUCCACGCUCUUUCACGGCCUCCAAAGUCCUCAGAAGCACAUCGAGCAAAGGCCCCCCCGCAGGUGAACCAGACGAACCAUAUAACCCAUCCGCCGCUGAAUACGACGAUUUGAUGAGCUUCGCUGAUUGUAUCAUCUCCGAAGCAGCCGGUCAUACCGAUCUUGGAACAAAUAUGCCUCGAGACGCUCUCAAAACCUCAAUUUUGCGCCUAAUGCAUACCUUCACUUACCAUGGGGUGGCGGAAUCAGAGGAUGCGCUCGUCCAAUUGAUUUCUCGAGAGGUCAUCGAUGCCAUAGAUUUGGGAGACGAUAUCCGCCAACGUAACCUCAAGAGAGCUAUUACCGCCCGCCUCCGUGAAUUCGUUUCGCCACACAGCACGGGUUUCAUUUCUAAGCUGCAGAAACCGGUACCGCCUGCUCAGGUGUUCAGUAGCGAGUGGCUGGAGCAUCUUAGAUCUAGAGGAAUCCUCCUGGAUCCAAAGGACGAGCUGGAUUGGUCGGGCCGCGGGCAACAUGUCGAAUACGACAUUAAGGAUGAGAAAGACAUACCGCUCAAAACCGAGAGGAUCCUUGGUUACAGUGCAGCCGCGCUAGUCGAAAGCGUUAUGUGCAGGCGAAUCCGUCUGGCACGCAAAACGAUCAGAUGUAGCCGGAGAUUGUGCAAGGAAGAUGCCGUCACCGAGGUUGAGCAUUUGCAACGACUUCAGCAUGCGCAUAUUGUCCGAGUCGUAGGCACGUACACGUUGAGGAAGAAUCUCGCCAUUCUCCUGUAUCCGGCGGCUGACUGGAGUCUCGAUGAUUUUAUGGAUGACACUAUUGAGCGGUGCAGGAAUGAGCAUCUGCAUUGGAGCGAGCCAGAUGGAUCACCUUGGGGACAUCAAGUCCAAGCACUAGGCGCCUUCUUCGGGUGUCUCGCGAACACCACUCAGUUUCUCCACAGCCGCAAUGUGAAGCAUAUGGACAUCAAACCGAAGAACAUCCUCGUUCGUUAUACUCCGAUAGGAUUGGGUCCUUUGUUUUACAGGGUUUAUUUAGCUGACUUUGGAAUCACCCGCGCGUAUCAGUCUGCUGCAGAAGUGGAAACAGAUUCCCCGACGCCUUUUACGCGCACAUACGCGGCCCCGGAAGUCGUACUGCAAGAUAAGAGAGGCUUGAGCGCGGACAUAUUCUCCCUCGGCUGUGUUUUCAUGGAGAUGGUAGCUACCAUUGUCUCGUUCCAGGGCCGGAACGAAAGAGAAGAAUUGCGAAAAGCACGCUGUAACGAGCAUGGAGACACUUCAUUUCAUACCAAUAUCGGGGCAAUCUGCCAUUGGUACCAGAUGGUUGCUCCGCAGGGUUUCCCGGGUCUUGCCUAUUCAUUGGAGCGAUACCUGAACGUGAAUACCUUCCAUACAGCCUUUGUCGACAUGCUUCCGAGGGUGAUACACUAUUCUGCAAACGAGCGCCCGACAGCCGAGGAAGUAGCCGCGCAAACAGCCAUGUCACAUUGUUCUAGAUGCUUUGCCGGCCCUGAGCCAUUCGAGACCGCCAGGGACAUCUCUGAAUAGGAGGCCUAUCUCACGUUACCCGAUCCUAAUUCGCCUGAAAAUCUCGCCGGCCGCAACUUCUAGGACCAUACUUUGAGUGAAAACCCAAAAAGAUAGUGGUUAUGAAAACUAUCUCAAUGCAUACAUACGUUAACAGGACUUGCCUUUCUUCACGCUUGGGAUAUGUUCUCCGGCGAGCGGCGAGCGGUGAAAAAUGCGCCCUCUUCGAGUCUGAUUGACACGGUUCAUAGCAAC